UGGGUUAGCAGGAAACUCACACAGAGGUUUGGGUGCCACCCUUCACUAGAUAGCAGAGACACUGUCUACACACAGUAACAAGGAAAGAGUGUGCUGGAUAGAUAGUGUGAGGCAGGAAAUGGAGCAGGGAGAACUUGGAGCAGAGCUGCCAUUGGCUGCAGCCGGUGCAUUGUCUCAGUAAGGAGGGACUGGGCAGGUGAAGGGCAGUGCCUGUUCCCUUACAGAUCCUGUUUGUCUGCCUGUCUCUUGCACUGCAGGCUGGACCAGCAAUCCGGGUAUAGACGGUCAUCGCUGUGAACUGCAGGUCUCAGCCCCCUUCCACACACAGCUCCAAUCUCGUGUUGAUGCCUUACCGCACCACCUCUUAUGGCUCCAGAAAGUGUACCACCAUCUCAUGGUACAACGUCUUCUGCUCCUUCCUCUUCCUCAUCUGACAGUGAUUCUGGCUGUGCCCUAGAGGACUAUCUUGACCUUGAGACUCAUAGCAGCGAAGUGAUGCUUUCCUUGUCCAAUAAUGAUGCCCGGAAGCUAAAAUUUAUCCACACCCUUCUUAAGCUUCUGCCUCCUCAAGACUGUGAUGAAAGGUUCUGUACAGCCUUGGGGGAACAGGAGCGGAAGGAGCUGCGGAGAUUUAGUGCACACAGAAGACUUCACUGCAUGAGACGGGGCAUCAUUGUACCAGUCACUUCAGAAACCCCUGAACGUUGCUGUGUGAGGUGCAGUGGCAGGAUUCUUGUGGGCGACACUGCUGUACAUGCAGAGAAGAUGCAAGAUGAAGGGUACUGCUGGCACAUUGGAUGCUUUGUAUGUGACACAUGCCACCUUCCUUUGUUGCAGUUUAUCUAUUUCCCUCAGGAUGGUAGGAUUUACUGUGGGCGCCAUCAUGCAGAGUUAACCAGAGCGCGAUGUGUGGCUUGUGACCAGCUGAUCCUGUCAGAGAGGUGUAUAGUAGCUGAAGGUCAUCACUGGCAUGUUGAACAUUUUCGAUGCUGGGAGUGUGAUGCGGUGCUAGGUGGGAGCCGAUACGUGAUGAAAGGUGGAAGACCCUUCUGUGGUGGUUGCUUCAUGCAUCUGCACGCAGAGAGCUGUGAGGCUUGUGGAGACCCCAUUGAUCCCGAUGGUGAUCCUGUGACUUUUCGGGGUCAGUACUGGCACUCCCUCCCUUCAUGCUUCUGUUGUUCCACUUGCAGAGUGCCACUCCAGAUGUCACAGUUCACAGUGUAUGAUGGCAACCUUUUUUGUUCUCACUGCUCUUCUUGUAGCUUUCAAUGUCGCCAUUCACAUCCCUCAUCAAUGGAUGCUACGGGUAUCCCUGUCAGAAAACCUAGUCCAGGAUGCAAUGUAAGACAUCGCAGUUCUCGUAUUCACCUCAGUCACGAGGAUGAUGUCAUAAAUCCUGGUAGAAGAGCAAACAGGCAUGUGAACCUGUCACUACAGCAUCCAUCAUCUGCGAUCUACUGCCCACCAGUAUCCUCACAACCUUGCAUGAGCAGUGGAUCAAGUAUUGUGCAAUUCAAUGGACAUAAUGGAAUAGUGGAAGAUGAUGAGGACACCUCAUGUUCAUCUUCUGAUUCUGAACCUGAGGGAUUUUUCUUGGGCUCCCCCAUCCCAAAUUACUGUGGCCCCCGGGCACACCCCUCUCCUGUGUGUGAGAAAAACAGUUCCCUCAAACAAAGACAAAGGGGGAAAAAUUGCAAGGUAUCCUAGGGAACAUUCUAAGUUUGUAUAUUGUUGCAGAAGACCCCAAUAAAAUAAAAUGUGAAAUUA